GUUCGCUUCUACGGCGGAGGGAAGGUUUCGCUUUCCACUUCCCAGAACCCACGUGAUGGGCGGGAGGCGUGGAGUCUGCUGUGUUGAUGAGAAGUGGCCCACCUGUCCGGUUGCGGCUAAGCGCCUGGGAGCGCAUCGUGAUUGCAGGGCCGGAGAGGGUAGAAGCCGCGGAAAGGUCUAAUGUUGGCUUCGUUUCCCGGCACAGGAUGGAGGAGUCAGCGGUGGUCGUGCUGAAGCGGGCGGUGGAGCUGGACUCGGCGUCUCGGUUCCAGGAAUCGUUGGUUUGCUACCAGGAAGGGCUUGAUCUCCUCCUACGGGCGUUUAAAGAUACAAAGGAUAAGACCAAAAAGGCUCAUUACCGAGCAAAAAUAUCAGAAUACGUGAGCAGAGCUGAAGCUAUCAAGAAGUGUCUUCAGAGAGAAAAAGAAGAUGGAAAAUACCACAAACAAAUUAAGAUUGAAGAAAACACAAAAGGUUUCAGCUACGAAAAGCUGUUCCAAGAGUAUCUUAAUGAAACUGUUACAGAGGUUUGGGUUGAGGACCCUUAUAUUAGGCAAGUUCAUCAGUUGUACAACUUCUUGAGAUUCUGUGAAAUGCUGGUUAAAGGACCAUGUAAAGUGAAGACUAUUCACCUCCUUACCUCUUAUGAAGAAGGCAGUGGAAAGAGUCAGCAGAUGAGUGGUCUACAGGACAUAGAACGGUCCCUGAAUGAUUAUGGAGUAACACUGGAUGUGUCAUACUCUUCUUCGAUACAUGAUCGAGAGAUUAGAUCCUUACACCACUCCAAAAGCUGCUUCUGAGUGUGCCUUAAGAACAGUAUGGGAAGCGGCACUGUAGGAUACAUCUCCAGUGGAAAAUCUAGGGAAAUUGUGGGACACCCACACCCUGCUUGAUCAAUAGUGCCUUCUGCUCACACACGACUGCCUUAGAUCUCAACCCAUAGUGUCUUUCUCCACCAGAAUAGACAAGUUACAAAGCCUAGAAUGGUUACUCUUAUUUGUUGUUUGAUUACUGUGAGUUUCUGGUGUGUUAAUAAUUUUCUGGCACUACGUAUGUGUCAAAUUCU